AUGGAGGAUCCUGUGAAGACCUUGUCAAUGACUUCCGGUGCUCAUGCAAACCGGGAUGGACUGGAAAACAGUGUCAGAACAGUAAACAUCGAUGAGUGUUCAUCGCUUCCAUGUAACAAUGGCGGCUCAUGCACCGAUGGUGAGAAUGGUUACACAUGCUCGUGUAAGGCAGGAUGGACUGGAGCUAACUGUGAAGCAGAUGUCGAUGAGUGUCAAUCAAAUCCUUGUGAAAAUGGCGGCAAAUGCAACAAUCUUCAAAACGACUAUUCUUGCACAUGCGCAGGGGGAUACACCGGAAAGAACUGCCAAACGGAUAUCAAUGAGUGUGCAUCGAAUCCGUGUGAGAAUGGCGGUACUUGUACCGAUGGUGUGAACUCCUACUCGUGCGCAUGCGUAGCAGGUUACAUUGGAAACAACUGUCAAACAGACGAGGACAACUGUGCUGGUAAUCCAUGUCUCAAUGGAGGAACGUGCCACGACAAAGUCAAUGACUUCUCGUGCAACUGUGCAGCUGGGUACUCAGGAAAAACGUGCGCUUCAGAUAAUGAUGACUGCGCAUCAACACCUUGUAAGAACAAUGGCGUGUGUAUCGACAAAGUCAACAGCUUCUCGUGCAAUUGCGCACCUGAUCAUAAUGACUGUAAUCCUGAUCCGUGUAAGAAUGGUGCACCUUGUAUUGAUAAACUCAACGAUUACUACUGCGACUGCAAACCAGGGUUUGAAGGAAAGGAUUGCGAGACAAACCACAACGACUGCAGCCCUAACCCAUGCAAAAACGGUGCAACCUGCAAAGACCUAGUCAAUAACUAUCAUUGCGAGUGUAUUCCAGGGUACGAGGGAAGAAACUGCCAUAUUGAUAAGGAUGAUUGCAAAGACAACCCAUGUAAAAACGGCGGCUUGUGCAAGGAUCUCGUGAAUGACUAUGAGUGUCAGUGUAAACCAGGAUGGGAAGGAAAGGACUGUGAACAAA